UUGAACUCGGGUUACUGGAUUCAGAGUCCAAUGUCCUGACAACUAGACCAUAGAACCGAUGAUGGUUCAUUCGCGAAGGAUUUUGUUCAUCAUGAGAAAUAUAAUUUCUAAAGUUAAAACCCUUCUCCUGACGACCCUAAACAAUAACGGAAUCUGAUGAGAAAAUUGCACAGGUUUAUCUCUGUAACUCAACUGACACCCCGCCGAUUCUCCAUUUCGUCUCACCACAAUCAUCUUGGCAGGAAUGAUCAAGGGACGAAUCAAACCCCUAACUCUAUCUGGAGCAAAACAUUCCCUCCUAGUUCAAGGUUCGUUUCGACUUCCUUUCCUCCUCCCGAAUGGAUAGAACCUUUUAGAAUACUCAAUCUUUUAGAUGAUUCUCCAACAAUGGAAUCCAAUUUAGAUGAUUACUGUAAAAAAUUUCUCAUCAAAUUAUCACCUCAUUUUGUCACUCAACUACUUAUGUCCUCUCAGCUUAAACAAAACCCAAAAUUAGCUCUUAAAUUCUUUUAUUGGGCUGGCAAACAAAGGAAUAAUUAUUCUCACAGUUUAGAUUCUUAUGUUACAUUAAUUGGUAUACUGGCAUCAGUUAGAGACAUAGAGGGAGUUAAAACUUUAGUCGGAGAAGUCAGAGAUAGAAGUUUUUUUAUGACUAUUUCAACUUCAAAUGCUUUGAUUAAGAGUUUUGGGGUUUUAGGAAUGGUUGGGGAAUUAUUAUGGAUUUGGCGAAGAAUGAUAGAAAACGGAAUUGAGCCAAAUUUGUUUACUUACAAUUUUAUGAUGGAUGUUUUGGUAAAUUCAAUGUGUAUAGAAUCUGCUGAGAGGGUUUUUGAUGUUAUGGAAAAAGGAAUAGUUCGUCCGGAUGUUGUUACUUACAAUAUUAUGAUCAAAGGGUAUUGUAAGUCGGGGAAAACAAGGGAUGCAAAAGGUAAAUUAAGAGAGAUGGAAAUGAAAAGGGUCGGUCCUGAUAAAAUUACAUAUCUUACUUUGAUACAAGCUUGUUAUUCGGAAGAGGAUAUUGCUUCUUGUAUGAGUCUUUUCAAUGAAAUGGUGGAGAAGAGACUGGAAAUUCCUUCACAUGCUUACAGUUUAGUGAUUAGUGGACUUGUUAAAGAAGGGAAAUGCUAUGAAGGGUUUGCUAUUUUUGAUUGUAUGGUUAAGAAUGGUUGUAAAGCUAAUGUGGCAAUUCAUACCGCUUUGAUCGAUGCUUUGGCGAAAAGCGGGAAUGGAGAGGAAGCUAUGAAGUUUUUUGAGAGAAUGAAGGAUGAAGGGUGUGAACCUGAUGACGUUACUUAUGGGGUUAUUGUAAAUUGUUUAUGUAAAACGGGGAAGUUGGACUUGGCCUUGGAGUAUUUGAAGUUUGGUCAUGAGAAAAACAUUAGGGUUAAUGCAGUAGUAUAUUCAAGUAUAAUUGAUGGUCUUGGAAAAGGUGGUAGGGUUGAUGAAGCAGAGAAGCUUUAUGAAGAAAUGCUCGAUAAGGGAUGUACACCAGAUUCCUAUUGCUAUAACACACUCAUUGAUGCAUUUACAAAGUGUGGAAAAAUUGAUGAAGCAGUAACCUUGUUUAAACGAAUGGAGGAUGUAGGUUGUGAUCAGACAGUUUAUACGUACACUAUUCUCAUUAAUGGGUUGUUCAAAGAACAUAAAACUGACAAAGCGUUGGAGAUGUGGGAUAUGAUGAUCGACAAGGGUAUAACACCCACUCCAGCAUCUUUUAGAGCUCUUUCAAUUGGGCUUUGUUUGUCAGGAAAGGUUGCUAGGGCUUGUAAGGUAUUGGAUGAGUUGGCUUCAAUGGGAGUUAUUCCAGAGACUGCAUUUGAAGACAUGAUCCAUGUUUUAUGUAAAGCAGGUCAUGUAAAGGAGGCUUGCGAAUUGGCAGAUGGCAUUGUUGAUAGGGAUCAUGAGACACCUGGGCGUGUACGCACAGUCCUGAUAGACGCAUUAAGAAAAGCAGGUAACGUUGAUCUGGCCCUGAAACUAAUGCAAAGUCAGAUUGGUAUACAGUAUGACAGAUGGGGUAGUAUUAAAACACGGGAUAAGUUUCGAAACCUCUUUGAGAGCUGAAUCUUAGGGGUUACUUGAAAUUAGAUGUAUUUGUUCAAUAUUUCAUUUCAUAAAGAUGAGUAACCAUCUUCAUUGAAAAUGUGAACAGUUUGAAGAUUAAUGAGUUUGUAA